AUCUCAUUAUGGUGUAUAAAUAAAUACCUUGUUGUAUGGAUGAUUUGAAAUUAAAUAAAUUGCAUUGAUGCAUCAUUGUGUAGUAGGAGACUUACUAGAAAAUAUUCUGUAAGAGGGAGAGAUAAUCAUUUAUGUCCAGGUAAGAUAGAGAGAGUUUGAAAGUAGGCCUCCAGUCGUUCAGUCACUUGUCGACUGCUUCUUUGGACGAUUGGAUACCACGAUGAUAUUUUUAUUAUGUUUUUUGACGAUAUUAAACCUGGGAAGAUGCUUGGAUCAGGUACCGACGCGAUUCGAAAUUGAAACAUCAAUUAAUAGGACAAUUGAUGAAGUUGAAAGAUUAAUAAAGACAGAGCCAAGUUUACCAAGACUUUCAAGAAGUCAAAUAGUUGAUAUUCUUCAUAAUAUAACAUCAACGGAUAUGGAUUCGUAUGAAGAAUCAAUUCAAAAAGCAAGAACUGAUUAUAAAAAAGCACUAAUGGUUGUUUUGCCAUAUAAUUCAAAGGAUUCACAAGGUGAUGAUUUAAAUGAUCUAUACACAAAACCUCCAAUGGUACAGCUUAUUCAUGAUUCUGAAAUAAUGUUGCCAUUUGCAUCGAUACAAGAAGAACCUAUUGAUCGUAAUUCAGCAUCCGAAGAAUCUAUUGAUAAUUUAAUAAGUAAAAAAUAUCCUGAUGACAAUAAUAACCAAUUUAAAUCAUCCAAUAAUGAAUAUAAAAAUCGUCAGCCUGCUCAAUCUGAAUAUCCUGAAAAAUUUAGUUUUAAUUUAGAAAAUUUUAAUUCAUUCAAGUCAAAAUCAUCAACAGUCAAACCAAAAGUAGAUAUUGUUUAUAGCACAAGUGUUUUAGAUGACUCAACUACUGCAAAAUCAAUAAAUAAAAUUCAAACAACUCGUCGAUCAAUUGACGAAGGUUUUCGACCAACAAUGCCAACAACAGUAUCAACAAAUAUAUUAUCAUCUGAUCAGUGGACGUAUUAUGCACCUCCUGUUACAAGUAAAGUUACAUCAACAACACCAAAAAUACAGACAACUAGAAUGACAACAACAAGACGUCCUGUAUCUUCAAGUUCAACAGUAUCAGCAGCAGCAAUAAUAACAACGACAACGACAACAACAAAGUCUAGAAGACGUCCAGUGACAGGAAACAGGCAUUUUAUAACUUCAAGUACUACAGUAUCUCCAACAACUUCAACAAGUUCCACAACUACAAGUCAAGCACCAUCUACAACAACAACAACUAGACGUCCAAGAACUUCGAGGACAACAGUAUCUUCAAUGACAACAACAACUGCAGCACCAUCUACUACGACAACAACAACAACAACAACGACUAGACGUCCAAGAACUUCAAGUACAACAACAGUAUCUCCAAUGACAACAACAAGACAACCAACAACUACAAGUACAACAACUUGGCAGCCACCCACAACAUCAUCCCAGCCACCUGCAUCAAGAAAACCAAGUCAAAUUCGUAAUAAACCAACUUACUUUCUUCCAACUGUAAUAUCAAAAACUUUAGAUGAAGAAAUUAAUUCUCCAUUUAAAAAAAUACCAGCAACAAGAAAACCACAAGUUGUUAAAUACGAUAUGUCAGGUAUUGAAUUUGUUGAAGCAAAUCCAACACAUAUUCCAUCAUUAAAGAAUUCUAAUAAUAAUAAUUUUCUUCCACCAUUUAAAAAAAUACCUACACCAACAACAACAAGUGAACCUGAAGCUAUAACAUUUGACAUGUCUAAUGUAGCAAUGAUAAUGGAAGAAGAAAAACCGAGACGACCUGUUUAUGUAACACCAAUGGCAACAGCACCAACAAUAAAAGAUACACCUCAACCAACAGCAACAAUUCCGAAAAUUCCUCAAUCAAUGAGAAAAGAAGUUGAAAGUCUUUUAGCAACACUUGGUCUUCGCUCAAGUAAAGACAGUAAUGAAUCAAAAUCAAGCACUUUAUCAAAUGAAAUUAAUACAGAAAAAGAUUCAAUAAUACAAGAUAGUAGUAAUAUAAUUCCUGGCUAUACACCAAGUCUUGAUGAUGCUAAAAAUAAUUCACCAUCAAUUGCUGCACAAAAUACAUUUAAUAAUAUUCCAAAUGAUUUACAAAAUAACGUAAAUAAUUUUACACCUGAUGUACAGCUUUUGUUUAAAAAAUUUGGACUUCAAAUACCAUCUGAAUACAGUGAUAAAUCAUCAUUAAAAACAACAACAACGACAACAGUAAAACCAACAUAUCGUUCAACUCCAACAAAAAAUUCAUGGAAUAUCUUUAAGCCACUUCCAACAUCCGAGGUUAAAGAUGAAAGUAUGAAAGAUUUUCUAGCUAAAUUUGGUCUUGGUGUACCAGAAACACGUCAAGAAAAAGCAUUAAAAAAAUUUAAUAAAUCAUCAGUUAAUAAUGAACGUUCUGUGAUUGAUGCAGUGCCAAAUAAUAUGAGAGAUAUUCUCGAAAAUAUUGGUUUGAUUGGACCAAGAAUAGUAACAAAGCCAAAAAUAAAAAUAACAUCAUCAACAACAACUACAACAACAACAACAACUGAAACUCCUGAAAAAUUACAUGUUUUUAAACCACAUGAAUCAUUGCUUGGUGAUGAAAAACAACGUGAUAAAAUAAAUGAACUAUUAGAUACUGUUAAAUUGGUACAAGAGGGUAAAGCUGAUGUUGCUGAUGUAAGAAAAGUUGCAAAUGAACUUCUUAAUAAUACAAAAUCACUUAAUGAUGAUCCAGAUUUAUUGGCAUUAGAAAAAAUUCUUAACAAUUAUGAUGGUGAAAUGAAAAAUCAAGUUAAACGACAGAAAUAUCAAAUGAUGGCUGAUUCAAUGGACAUGGCAUCAAGUGAAGCAGAAAUGAGCAUAGUUCCAGCACCAUCAAAAGACGUGUCAAAUACAACUGAUAAAAAUAUGCUUGAUAUAUUAACAACACCAACUGAUUCAAUUGGAACAGCUGCAGCUGUUGAUGCAAAAGUUGUUAAUUCAGAAGUUGGGACAUUAACAACAUCAACAAUGUCAACACCUACUGAAGGACCAAAUAUUGAUGAUUUAGCUGAUUCAUUUGGAGGUAGCACUGCUGAACCUGAUCCUGUUUUACCAACACCAAAAAAAUCUGGUCUUUAUUUUUUGGUUGAUUGGAAUUCAUUUCUUGAAGUUGGUGAAGAUGGCAAGGACAAAGUUAAUCUCAGAUUUGCACCAAAAGUUGGUGAUAAAUCAAGAUUUGUUCCUGUUUCUGUACCUUAAAUAAUUUUUUUAAUUUUUAAUAUUUAAUUAUUAUUAAUUAUUUA